AUGACAGCGACGCCCAGUCGCAUUACGUUAAAGAAUAACAUACAGAUUCGAAUAAAUGACUAUGUAUAUAUAUCUGCACCAUGGGCCUAUGGCUUAGGCGAACCUUAUAUGAUUGCACGUGUAAUGAAUAUUCUGCAAAGCGAAAAUCAUCAUGGUCACGGGGGCGGGCAAGUACGCGUAAACUUGUUUUUGCGAAUGCGGGAUCUUACGCAUCGUUCGAACAACGAUUCGAGACUCCUUGUGGCCACUAUGCAUUCGGAUACAUUUCCUGUGACUGCUAUUCGCGGCAAGUGUCGUGUGAAGCAUCGGGACCUUAUCAGCCAUGGAUCGCCGCAAGAAUUAGCAGCAUGGAAACGUCGCGAUGAUCAUUUUUAUUUUUACCAACUCUUCGACAGGUAUAUUCAUCGAUUCUAUGAAGUCAUCCCCACAUGGAAACUAAGGAAUGCGCCUGAAAAUGUGCUUCAAGUGCUUCGUGAGCGAUACUCGUUUAUUGUGGCAGAGACGUCCAUUGCUUCUGAACUGUGCGAUGUGCUCCGAGUGUGUUUUGUAUGCCAUGAAUGGGCUUCUACAGUGGAAUCUGUUCGAUGUGACACUUGUCGGAACUUUUUUCAUAUGCAAUGCUUGACGCCGCCUCUAUCUACAAAGCCAGCCAAGGGGUACAGCUGGAAUUGUGCUCCCUGUGCUAGACAGCAUGAUGAGGUGGUCGAGGAGCAGGGUGUUGGAGGCGGUGGGCUCGACGCGCCCCCGUCUUCAGCCACUGUACAUGGCCCACGCUCAACUCAGUCAACAAAGCGGAAACGAACCCGAUCAAAUUUGUUUAGUGAUGUCCUCGAGCCCGAGAACAAGAUUGUAUUAUCGAGCCCAAUGGAUCGUGAAGGACUUCGCUGCUUCCAAGGAUGGCCGCACCGUUACUUUGGCGAACACUCCUCAGUCAUGGAUGUUUUCGACUCACACGAUUCCAUUUACCCGCGCGCUGUAACACGUAUCGGCCCUAAAUUCCAGGCUAACGUUCUGUCAUGUGAAGAACAGCAACAGCACUCAAAGAACACCUCAUUACUUGCAAAGUCUUCCCCACGAAAAAACAGAACCACAUUCAAGAUGGUUAAUGCGAAAGGCGUGGAUUCCAUGGAUGUGGAUACAUAUGACCGAGAAGAGACAUCUGAAGAUGACAUAUAUGAACGUGGAUCUGAUGAAACCAUAAAUGUGAUUUGUAUACCCCCACCAGAUCUCGAUUGGAGCAAAGUGGAUCAGUACUUGGAGAGUUUAGCUGCACCACGCUCGAAUGCAGCCAAAUACUCAUAUCGAUUUAUGAAUCGAGCACUAUCUUUGUUAUGUGCUAGCGGGUUCCGUUACGAGGAUGCAGCGAAACAUUUCAGCCAAAGUAAUGAUACUGACUUCGGAUUGUUUCUACUUUCACAGGAAGAGGAAGACCUCCUCGAGAAGACGAUUGUUGAGGUUACUGGUGAUAUGCGCAAUUUGAAAAAGGCAUUACCGAAUCGAACACCUGCGCAAAUCGUGCAAGGUCUCUACCGCUGGAAACUUCGUCGCCUGAAAGAACGAUGGCAAGGUCGGGAGAGAGUCAAGAUCACUCUUCGAGGGGCACAUACACAGACAGAAGAUAGGCAGCGUGAAUCAUCUCCUGCAUUGUCUGUGUUAUCAUUCGAUAACUUGCCAGAGUCCAGAAUACCACCUAAAAUAAUCUGCUCUUUUUGCUCUGUUGCUACCAGCCCAUUCUGGUACAAGUCACCGCUAUACUCACAUGGAUAUGGUUUAUGCGUGUAUUGUGGACAGUAUUGGCGAAAGUAUGCGGCAGAGACAGCCACUGCUUUUAUCACUGAGAAGAAGAGACAGUCUGCUAUUGAGCAUGGCUCCGAUGAAACGGGACUAGGCGUACUUGUACCCACUUAUGCACAAAUGGCGGAAACCCAACCGAAAAUCGCACAUUCUGCGAGCUCUGCCUCUCCAGAAGCAGGUCGAUGCGUUAUGUGUCGUCGUCUUGAUCCGAAAAAGUUGAUGCGCUGCUGUGCAAAUUGUGGUAUCGCCGGACAUCAAGGCUGCUUGGGGCUAGAAAAUGCAGACUUAGAAACUGAAGCUUGGCUUUGCGACUUGUGCAAAAAUGACCAGGAUCCCUUAUCUUCUAUCCUGCCUUUUUGUAUUUUGUGUGGAGAGACGCCAACGGAUCGUUUCACGCAUCAUUCGCUUGGUGGUCGCAAAGUGCGAGCUAAAACGGAUGGCGAGGGGCUCACGGCUUUGGACGUUUACAAACCCACGGAAUGCAAUAACUGGGUUCACCUCUUAUGCGCACUAUGGACUCCAGAAGUAUUGUUUGCCAAUACGGUGACUAUGCAGCCAGUGGAAGGCGCCGGGAAUUUGCCUCCGUGGCGAUACGACACACGAUGCUCCUUGUGUGGUCAAGUCCGAGGCGCAUGUGUCAAGUGCGCUGAACCGACAUGCCGCUCGCACUUCCAUGUAUCUUGUGCAUUCCUAGCCCAGCCGUCGUGUAUACUGGCCUUUGAAAUUUUUCCUGUCAAAACAUCGAGACGUGAUUCCGUCCACACACUUUCAUUCAAGUCAGAAUCAGGUCAUAUGUGCGCUCAGAUCUGGUGUAAAGAUCAUUUGGGAGUUGCAAGAUCAAAAAUCACCUAUGAAUAUCAUGAAAUGGAUCCAAAGCUUAAAUUGACGGCGAUGCAGGCGUAUGCGAAAACGCACAAGCAAGUUGCUGCCGGUUCAAACCGCAAUAUGGCCCUUGUUGAAUCGACGCAUGCUCUUCUUAGGCGUGCAAAGAGGCUUGAUGUGAUGCAACAGGCAUGUGGCGGUGCAGGAGGCUAUAUCCGUGAUGGCAGUUUCGUCUCAAUGCACAAGGAUCAAACAGGCAUCAAGUGUCUAGAGAAUCCUACGAACGACAUGUCGCGAUCGAGCGAACAGGAUAUCGUGUGUAAAAAAUGCUAUUCAAACUGGUCACCUCUAUGGUGGCCUAUAUCAGGUACAGAUUAUGUGUAUUGCACCAUGUGCCACUCAGGUGUGAUAAGUUAG